AUGAGCCGAUCACCCCCCAACGCCAUACAACUCCGAUCCGUGGGCUCCCAGGGUACCAUGGCUUCCCUGCCGCAGCCGUCUGCUGUCCAAAAUCCCUCCUCUCACUCUUGGGCCUCUGUGUGUGGGUCUCCUCCCUGGGGCCUCAGCUGUCUUCUGGCUCUGCAGCACAUCUUGGUCCUGGCUUCUCUGCUCUGUGCCUCCCACCUGCUCCUGCUUCAAUGUCUCCCUGCAGGAGGACUCUCUUCCUCCCCUGCCCAGCUCCUGGCCUCCAGCCUCUUUUCAUGUGGCGUGUCUACAGCCCUGCAAACUUGGAUGGGCAGCAGGCUGCCUCUUAUCCAGGCUCCAUCCUUAGAGUUUCUUAUCCCUGGUCUGGUGCUGACCAGUCAGAAGCUACCUCUGACCACCCGGACACCUGGAAACUGUGAGCACAGAGCAAGGGCACAGGCCUCCCUUGUGCUGCGCCUGUGUGGGGGACCUGGCUGCCACGGCCUGGAACUCUGGAACACUUCUCUCCGAGAAGUGUCCGGGGCCGUGGUGGUCUCCGGGCUGCUGCAGGUCAUGCUGGGGCUGUUCGGGGGUCCUGGCCACUUGUUCCCCCACUGUGGGCCCCUGGUGCUGGCCCCCAGCCUAGUUGUGGCAGGGCUCUCGGCCCACAGGGAGGUAGCCCUGUUCUGCUCUGCUCACUGGGGCCUGGCAUCGCUGCUUAUCCUGCUCAUGGUGGUCUGUUCUCAGCACCUGGGCGCCCGCCUGUUCCCGCCUCACCCCUGGAGGCGAGCUUCAACCUCUUCAACCCACACUCACAUCCCUGUCUUCAGGCUCCUCUCGGUGCUGAUCCCAGUAGCUUGUGUGUGGAUCCUCUCUGCCCUUCUGGGUCUCAGCAUCACCCCCUGGGAGCUGUCCACCGAGGCACCGUGGUUUUGGCUGCCUCACCCAGCUGAGUGGGACUGGCCCUUGCUGACACCUAGGGCUCUGGCUGCAGGCAUCUCUAUGGCCUUGGCAGCUUCCACCAGCUCCCUGGGCUGCUACGCCCUGUGUGGCCAGCUGCUGCAUCUGCCUUCUCCACCUCCGCAUGCCUGUAGCCGAGGGCUGAGCCUGGAGGGUCUGGGCAGUGUGCUGGCCGGGCUGUUGGGGAGCCCCAUGGGCACUGCAUCCAGCUUCCCCAACGUGGGCACGGUGAGCCUUCUCCAGGCUGGAUCUCGGCGAGUGGCCCACUUGGUGGGGCUGCUCUGCGUGGUGCUUGGGCUCUCCCCGAGGCUGGUCCAGCUCUUCACCACCAUCCCACUGCCUGUGCUUGGUGGGGUGCUGGGGGUGACCCAGGCCGUGGUUCUGUCUACUGGAUUCUCCAGCUUCCACUUGGCUGACAUUGACUCUGGGCGGAAUGUCUUCAUUGUUGGCUUCUCCAUCUUCAUGGCCCUGUUGCUGCCAAGAUGGUUUUGGGAAGCUCCAGUCCUACUGAGCACAGGCUGGAGCCCCUUGGAUGUGUUACUACGCUCACUGCUCACAGAGCCCAUCUUCCUGGCGGGACUCUUGGGCUUCCUCCUAGAGAACACCAUUCCUGGCACACAGCUUGAGCGAGGCCUAGGUCAAGGGCUGCCAUCUUCUUUCACUGCCCAAGAGGUUCGGAUGCCUCAGAAGUCCAGGGAGAAGCCUGCUCAAGAGUAUGAGCUUCCUUUCUCCAUCCAAAACCUGUGUCCCUGCAUUCCCCAUCCCCUCCGUUGCCUCUGCCCACUUCCCGAAGACUCUGGGAAUGAAGAAGGAGUGCCCUCUGAGCCAGGAGAGACAGCCGACUUGCUGCCUGGCUUUGGGGAGCAGUGCCCUGGGUCUAGCAGAGAAGAACUUAGGUCCCAGUAA